UUGAGCUUUUUCUCUCUCUCUCUCUAGUUUAGUGUCUCUCUAUAUAUCUAACAGAAAAUUUGGGUUUAUUUAUCCAAAGUCAUGGAGAUGAAACCCAUGGCGGUUAGCCACCAGGAGGGGUUGAAGAAAGAGGAUGCCAAGAUGAGCAAAUAUGUCAGAAGAUCUCUCCUCUUAAUAAACUCUGCCAUGUUGGGCAUCGGAAACUGCGGCGGUCCACUGAUAAUGCGGCUUUACUUCGUGCGCGGUGGCAAAAGAAUUUGGUUCUCCAGCUGGUUAGAGACUGGUGGUUGGCCCUUCCUUUUAAUCCCUCUCGCCGCCUCCUACUUCCACCGCCGCCGUGCCAAGAGAGGAGGUGGCGGUGAUUCACCUGAUAAUGACACAAAACUCUUCUUCAUGAAGCCCUUAGUUUUCUUCGCCUGCGUCGUCAUCGGCAUCCUCACCGGCGUUGAUGACUACCUCUAUGCCUAUGGAAUGGCUCGUUUACCUGUCUCUACCUCUUCCCUUAUAAUUGCAUCUCAGUUGGGCUUCACUGCUUUCUUUGCUUUUCUUCUAGUUAGGCAGAAGUUCACAUCUUACUCCAUCAACUCGAUUUUUUUGUUGACGGUGGCGGCGGUGGUGCUCGGCCUCCAUACCAAUGGAGACCGGCCGGCUAAUGAAUCUAAGAAGGAGUACUUUAUGGGUUUCUUCUUGACGCUUGCAGCGGCUGCGUUGUAUGGGUUGGUUCUACCCAUGGUGGAGCUCACUUACAAGAAAGCCAACCAGAUCAUCACCUACUCCCUCGUCAUGGAGAUGCAGCUGGUCAUUUCCGUCUUCGCUACUCUCUUCUGCACCAUAGGGAUGCUCGUAAACAAAGACUUUGAGGUUAUUCCAAGAGAAGCAAGAGAGUAUGAACUUGGGGAAAGCAAAUACUACUUGGUGGCGGUAUUUAGUGCAUUUAUUUGGCAGUUCUUCUUCUUGGGAUCAAUUGGUGUCAUCUUUUAUGGUUCCUCAUUACUUGCUGCUGUUAUAAUUACAGCUCUACUACCAGUUACAGAGGUCUUGGCUGUUUUCUUCUUUCAAGAGUCAUUCAAAGUAGAGAAGGGGAUUUCUCUUGCUUUGUCAUUAUGGGGUUUUGCCUCCUACUUCUAUGGUGAGUUCAAAGCAAGCAAGAAAAGCAAAAGAACUCCAAAGCCAGUUAAUCCUCAACUACAUCCUCCAUUAACACAUGUCUAAGAAAAGCUAUAUAUUUGCGUGUAAGUGGUUCAGCACUAAGGGGCAAGGCCAAGAUUAGCCAGCUUUUUUUGUUUCAAUUUCCUUCAUGUUUUUUUUUUUCCACGGGCUAUGAAUUCUAUUGCAAAUGUCUUGGCUAGAAAGGCCCUAUCAAUUGUGUGUUUCACAUAA